AUGGCGAUUGUUGCAACCUCUUCAGAAACACAACUGUACAAAAAUGCUCAAGGCGAACUUAGCGAAAAUCUAAUUUGCUCAUCUACCGCAGGCCUGGAUUUUAACAAUUGCAAUAGGACAAACUACUUCAGGGUCCUGUGGAAUGUCGCCAUUGAACCGAAUCCGGAAAUAGAAUUAGAGCCUUAUACCACAACACACGGUCACUUUCCACCACUAGCCCAGGACGUCGAAGAUAUCCCAAAUCUCAAACCCACUUUCCGGGAUCCGCUUCGACAUCUUAAUCUUGAUCUGAUCGAGAGCAAAGAGCAAAGGCUGUCUGAGUCAACUCCGAUUUCUGAAAACACGACGUCCCCCAAGAGGGAAAGGCGACAAAGUACUUUUUAUUUCGCGAGAGGAGGUCGAAACCCAAAAGGAUUCCUACGCACCCCACCGAACAAGUAUCUUCCUGUACCUCCAUUGGUCCGCAGCGCGUAUUACUACUCAUUUGGAAGAUGUCCUGUAUGCGCAGGGAACAUUCCUCUGAUAAACCCUCACGGAAAAGAAAGCGCGGGUUCAGGACACGGUGCCAAGAAGGGUGAUCGUCGGCCUGUCAGGUGUGUGAAGAAUUGGACACGUAAUGGUCCACUAGAUCACCUGGAGGGAAAAACGCAAGUCCAUACUGACAACGACACACGGCGGUCUAGUUUAACUCAUCUGAGGAGUUAUGUAUUUGAUCUCUUGAGUGUCAUGCUAGAACUCCGUUCUGAGCAGGACUCUCUCAUGGAUGAUGUUAGGGCAAUACAGGAGGACCAGCAGUUAAAAUCUCCAUCCCCUUCCUAUCAAGUUGAUCUUUUCGAAGACGAUGGAAGCCUCGCAACGUUUGCCUCGGCUGGGCAGCUUAACACAAUCACUAAAAAGAACAGUGCAAUUAACCUCCCCACAAAGAGGCACUUACGUCUCGAUUCGCAGCGGUUUACUCCUCGGUACCAAUUGAAAACUCGCGUUGAUGAUUUAAAAACCUUUUUUCCUGGGAGAAUGAUACUGGAAGCGAAAUUGAAGGACUAUGACUGCCACCUACCUCUUAUUUCUACCAACACAGAAAUAAUGCGCGAAUUGUACAAAGUAACUAUAAUUCAAGAUCACGUCUUGAGCAGACUUUACCACCAGCGAAAUUUCAGAAACCUCCCACCUGACCUUCAGUAUCUCCGGAAGUAUAUUGGCCUGGAUAUAAUGGAAGCAGUUGCUUUCAAGGUGAAGGACGCAGAAAUGGAUCGCGAUCAUCAGUUUUUCAUUAGAACCGGAGACUACUCGAAGUCUAUUUUGGCUGAGAUCGCUAAUCAUUUCUACGAGGCUGACUUUAUCUGCCUCGGGGUCUUUACCAGCUGGUUCAAAUCAGCAAAGGCGGAUAAGUCACUGCUUCAGCUGAAGACGCCCAAGGAGAUGUCGCGAUUAUGUCAGUUGCUAGGAGAAGAGCUCUUUCGCUCAAAUUAUAGUCUUGGCGGGACGGCCAGAAUGGAGCUUUUAAUCGUUCUCGCGACUGCAAUCAACGAACCGAAAAUGCGGCAUCAGAUGUGGGUUCAUGCUCGACAGUGGCUUGAACCCCUCAUUGGAGGUCUAUUUUCACGAUCCAAGAGCGUUCGAGAGGAGUCCUGUUACACGUUGGCCUACAUUUUCAGCAUAAAUACUUUGGUUGAUGACAUCCGACACCUGAUGUCUUAUGAUAUACCCUAUGAUGUAACGUGGAACGUUCUUAAGGCAAUCGAUCGAUUUCCUGAAACAUUUAUGACUUACUUUGUGCUUCUCGGCUACAUGAUUGAAGGUUGUCCCUCAAUAAGUAUACUCAACUGUCUGAUGGAACGGGGCCCAUUAUGCCGCAACAAAAACAUGCAAAAGCGUUGGCCACUUUUUAUUUAUUAUGCUAUCAAACAUUGGGAUGCUGUGUACCUCUGCGUGGACGUUAUUUACCCAACCAUCCUUAUGGAGAAAAUGACCAACACGGCUAUGAAACCGUUGACAAGGAAGCCCGCAAAGUUAGCACUGGUGGCCCUGGCCAAAAAAUUCGACAAACCAGUGGGAGCUGUGACCCACUUCAACUCCAACUGGCUGCAGUCUGAAGGAUCGUUGGCAGACUAG